AUGCGCCAGCAAUUGGCGGUUUGGCGAGCCGAUCCCGAGUGGGAAGACGAGCAGCCGAAACUCGAGGUAGGCGGGAAUAACGGUAACGUAUUCAUGAUCCAUGCAAGUGUGAAUGCUGCCAUCUCCCCUGGCGGCAGAAGAUGCCGCCACUUCACUACUGACUGUUGCCACAUGCUCAUUCUCCUCUCCGCCCUCGCCCUUCUUCUCCCAUUUUCUGCUCCACCAUACCGCCCGUACUCUGUAUCCGUCCCGAAGGGCUCCUUCUGCCGAAUGGACGCGCAGUUCCUGCUUGCCCUGCCCCCGGACCUCGUUUAUAGCACACUCUGCGACCCCAGCAAUCGAAGAGUCUUCAAGAAUAUCACGGAUGUGAGCUACCGCAAUGUGCUGUACGAUGAUGGGGACGUGCAGGAGGUGGAGCUGCAGCAGGGAGGCAGGUGGCGCUUCCUCUUCCUCUUCCUCUUUCCUCUCGGGAACCUCAAUGUGCUGUACGACAUCUCACAUUACGCAUGGCAGGAUUUGAUGAACCUCAAUGUGCUGUACGGAAUCCCACGUGGCACAUGGCAGGAUGUGAGCUACCGCAAUGUGCUGUACGACGAUGGGGACGUGGAGGAGGUGGAGCUGCAGCAGGGAGCCAGAUGGCGCUUCCUCUUCCUCUCUGGAACCUUUGACGUGCGCCUGAGAGUCAAGCAGGACCGACCCAACCUCAAGGUAGUGCAGCCCACACUCUCUCCGCCACCCAUUUUGUCGCACUACUUGCGAGGCAUCAGCACACAGAUCACUCGAGACAUGCUCAAGGAUUUUCAGACCGAAGCCGCCCGGAUCAGGUAUGAUCUUCCAGUCGAUGCUGAUGUGGAAAAGGAGUUGGAGAAGAUCCGGAGCGAGAGUGGCAGAGAGGAGAAGGAAGGGAAUGCCGGCCAGAGGAGGAGUGAGGGUGAGCAGAGAGAGGGAAGGGUUCGAUGGAGGGAUGAGGUGAAGAAAAGGGUGAGGGGGAAAAAGGCAGGCCCUGCCCGGCAAUCGAAGCACCGAGCGGUUGUUUCAACCGGCGUGCGAGUGGUUGCAGAGGCUGCAGAUUCAACUGUCGUUACCUCAAAGAAAGAAGGGGAUUUCCGGCACGAGGCUCCUCGACAGGAGCUUGAAAGUCCUCAGAAUGUGUUUUCUGCCAAGUACGUCCCGUUUUCUCCGGAUCAGAAGCCAAAUGAAGAGUAUUCUCUAGACGAGGUCAUCUACACCAGCAAGGACGGCCUGCUGCUGGACGUGCAGCAUGACUACGAGGCUCUGAAACGCUACGACGCCGCAUACUGGAAGAAGCUCUUCGACUCCCGGGUCGGCAAGCACACGUGGCCUUACGGAUCUGGAGUGUGGAGCAAGAAGGAAUGGGUUCUCCCGGAGAUCGACAACGACGACAUCGUGAGCAUGUUCGAGGGCAACUCGAACCUCUUCUGGGCCGAACGGUACGGCAAGGAGCUCGGAAUGACCGACCUGUGGGUCAAGCAGUGCGGCAACAGCCACACUGGCUCCUUCAAGGAUCUGGGCAUGACAGUGCUCGUGAGUCAAGUGAAUCGGCUGCGGAAGAAGAACAUGCCGCUCGCAGCCGUCGGAUGCGCCUCCACCGGCGAUACCUCCGCUGCUCUCUCCGCCUACUGCGCUGCUGCCGGCAUCCCCGCUAUCGUCUUCCUCCCUGCUAACAAGAUCUCCCUCGCGCAACUCGUGCAGCCCAUCGCGAACGGCGCUCUCGUGCUGUCGAUCGACACGGACUUCGACGGGUGCAUGCGGCUGAUCCGCGACGUGACGGCGCAGCUGCCCAUCUACCUCGCCAACUCGCUCAACUCGCUGCGCCUCGAGGGCCAGAAGACGGCCGCUAUUGAGAUUUGCCAGCAGUUCGAGUGGGAAGUGCCCGACUGGGUCAUCGUGCCUGGAGGCAAUCUGGGCAACAUCUACGCGUUCUACAAGGGCUUCUACAUGUGCAAGGAGAUGGGCCUCGUCGACCGCAUUCCCCGCCUGGUCUGUGCUCAGGCUGCAAACGCGAAUCCGCUCUACCUGUCAUACCAGAAGGGCUUUGAGCAGUUUGAGGCGGUGCGGGCAACACAGACCUUCGCGUCCGCCAUCCAGAUCGGCGACCCUGUGUCCAUUGACCGAGCCAUCUUUGCUCUCAAGGCAUCCAAUGGCAUAGUGGAGGAGGCCACGGAGCAGGAGCUCAUGGAUGCUGCAGCAGAGGCGGAUCUCACGGGCAUGUUCAACUGCCCACACACAGGAGUGGCCCUGGCGGCUCUGAAGAAGCUGCGCAGUCGGGGAGUGAUUGGCCCCAAUGAUCGCACAGUGGUGGUCAGCACAGCACACGGCCUCAAGUUCGCCCAAUCCAAGGUGGCUUAUCACUCGAAUGAGAUUCCUGGCAUGGUGUCGACAUUUGCCAAUCCUCCUGUGAGCGUGAAGGACAACUUGGGAAGUGUUAUGGAUGUGUUGAGAGAUCGCAUUGCCAAGUAA